GUUGUAGAGUGCGUGGAGAAAUUUGGCAUCUAAAAAUGUAUUACGAUUUCAUUUCUAACAAAAUGCUUCGUCCUUCUUUAUUUGAUGUAGAUGAUGACCAACAGUUUUUCGAAAUGGCCAGCGGUGAUGCGGUAACCUAUCCUAAGAAAAAGAGCACAGAACCCAUCUACAAUCAAGAUGGCUUUCCGGAAUAUGAUAACCAAAGGUCGUUCUCCAGCGCUUUUCGAACCGUGAAUGAACCACACCCAAACCCCAUACCCACCAAGUUCCGCAUCGACAAUGUCGUUCUGGACUUUGGACCCGAGGAGAAUGCUGAUCCCAUGAACGUGCUCCCUAAGGACUGGCAAAUGCCACCUCCAAACUCAUCAAGGAUUGUCAAGAGUCGACGAUGGCCCAACGAGGCAAAGUCAUCUUCAAAUGUGCGUCAAAAUUUUCCAAAACCUACCGUCGAUAUGGAACCUCCACCGCUAAUGGAAUCAGAUUGGCUGUUUGAUCGCACUUUUCGACCCUUAACACCCAUCAAAGGGACCUUGGUGGAUGAGUAUGAUACAGAUUUGCCGUCGUCAGAGGAUAUUUGGAAGAGUUAUAUGGAUGUGAAGAAGGGGCUUAUAAAGCCCUCGGAUGCUAUAUGGCCUUUGUGUUGCAUGCCGAAUUCGGAGGCAUCCAGAACUCCGCCUCCAAGUAUAACAGAAUCUCUAAUUUCAAAUGAGUUUCCUCCGAAAUCAGUACGAGUUGAUGAAAACCUAUAUAAUAAGAAUAUUUUCGAAACUGGUUUUGAGAGGAAAAUCGGAGAAAAUGAGCAACGGGUCUUGGAUCAGUGGUUAGAAUCGGAGGGGCUCAACGCGUCCCAUAAUGAUAUAGAAGAAUCGGAUUCAAAGGGAAAGGUCGAUAGUGACCCUCAGAAACCUCGGAUUCUGGACAAUGAAGAUGUCGCCUUUGCUAACUUCACCAUUGGAAUCGAAGAGGAGCGGGCCAUCAAGGAGUGGAUCAAAUCGGAGGGACUCAACGAACCCCACAGCGAUAUAGAAGAGUUCGAUAUGUUACUGAGCCUAGCCAGAGAGCAUGAGAAGAAUCGGGAUCUUCUGUUUGAGUUACUAAAGCCCAAGGAUCUUAUCUCCCAGGAAAAGGAUGUUUGGAAAAAGUUUUCUCCAAAGGUGUUCGAAAUGCCACAGAAACCUGAUUCCGUAGAGCCUGAGUUGUGGAAACCCCCACCCAACGAAAAGGUUUCCGUUGAAAAUAUUCCACAAAAGGAACCAGAAAAAGCAACUGAAUUCAUUGUGGAAAAACCAGAAAAGCCAGUUAUCCUCGAGGUCAAAGACAUUAAACCAUUACCCCCGAGGCCCGAGGAUGAGGAAGCUAUCCAGAGUUGGCUACAGCAAUGCAGUGAAACCAUUUCCCAACAACUGCAACUCCUCAUCUAUGAGGACAGUUCCAACAAUCCAACUGCUGCAGAACCACAGGGCAUUGACUUCGAAACGGAGAUCAGCAAGGAGCAAAUGAAGCCCCGAGUCCUGGGAGAAAGCAACAGAAAGGUCUCAGCGGAGACUGGCUGGCAGAACAGCUUCACAGUUCGCCUCGAGGACUUCGAGUACAUCAUUGACCAAAACAUGACGGAGUUCAGGGACCCCGAAGCUAAGAGACUCCGCUCAAAGUGGAACCAGCAGUUUGGUUCAAAGUCGGUGGAGAAUUUGCGGAGAUGUCUUCUGCUUCCGCCUCUGCCAGUUCACUUGGACCAGUGCCUCCAGAGGAUUAGAAUCCUAAGGCGUCCCAACAGGCGAAAGGUCGAGCAAUUGCGCAUGCGCGUCGAUAUGAAUUUUUGCAAAAUGUAUUGCACGCUGAGUAUGAAUAGUAACUUAAAUCUGCAAAAUACGGUUAGGAACCUAAGGAACGCCGUUUACAAUACCGACAUCGAUGUGCUCCAAGUCAGGUAUGAGGCCACGCAGAUAGCCUGGAUUUGGGCCGAUGGCAGUGUCUUGAUAAUCAAUGGAAGAGGCCAUGCGAUGCUUGCCGAAACCCAAAGGGAUCUGAUGCUUAGGACCCUUGGGAAGGCGAACUUCAAAGCCGACCCCUCAAACAAGCUCCUACACCUGCGUCUCAUUUCCUGCGCCCACUUUCCAUGGGGGAUCUCUUUGCCGGAGUUCACUGCGUCAAGCGUUCUUUCUGCAGAGCCCCAUAUGAAAUAUGUCUACUACGUGGACAAGGCAGUUCCUGGGGUGGCGGCCCGCGUUCAUGAGACAGGAAUGGUCCAGGUGUUUGCCAUGACCACGGGUGAGGCGGAUAAUAUGCUGAAGAAACUGUACAUUCUUACGGCCAAUCACCGAAAGGCCACCAUAGACGUCAUCAAAAAGGAACCAGUAGACUACGACUGACCGAAAAUAAUGUAACUUACGAGUUAGAAACAGAAUUAUGUAAGCAUGUCAUCAAA